AUGAAAAAUUGUAAUCAAAGCAAAUUAUUGAAGUAAACCUCAUUUUCAUCACAGGCAUAAUUAGUUAGGUCUUAAAUUUCAAUUCAAUCCUAAAUAAACUCAUAUCCAGUAUUUAUAUUUAAGUAUUAAUUAGAAUUUCAUAAACCAGUUUCUUCGUUCCUCUUUCAAAAUAUAUUCAGAAAUGAAAGAAGACAUAAUAUAAUAUCAAUAAUGUAAAUUAUCCUUAAGAUUCGAAUAAAUUUAUUUUUUAAUGGCAACAUAGAAAUUAUUCAUGUAUCUCAAUAAAAUGUAAGAAUAAUAUAAAAAAUUGCAAAAAUAAGAAGCAUUUUAUAUCAUUUUAAGAUUAGCUACAAUAGAUUAGAGUUAUUGUAGUAGUUUUUUUAAAUCUCCUCAAAGAUGCAAUUCUCCUGGAAUAGUUUCUAAAGAUAUUGGGUAAUUCUAUAUUUUAUUAAAGAAUGGAAAAAAAAAUUCAAAAUUAACAAUUAAUUAAAAUUAUUUAGGAGCUUUAAUUGUAAAUAGCUGGACAAGAAAUAAGUAAAGCACUAUAUUAAUUUUAAAAUAAAAUUCUAAAAGAAACAUUUCAUAAAUUAAAAUGGAUUAUAAAAUUAUCAUAACAUCUAGAAAAAAUAAAGUUUAUUAUUGAAAUAUCCAAUUAUAGAAAUGCUUUAAAUCAAUUAAAAUAAUAAACAAUAUAAAUAAGAAAAUUUGAGGCAGGUUUAUUAUUGCUUAAUUUGAAAAUUAAAAAAAUUAUUUUAAGCAACCAAUUUUAUUUUUUUUAUUCUUUUAAGGUUUAAUCACUUCAAUAUUAAGUUAAAAAACAAAAAAAAGCAAAAAAGAAGUAAAUAGAAGUUUCUUUUAAACUAUAAGAUGAAUCUUUGAAAUUAGUGAAACUAUACUCUUUUUUUAUUAGAUACUGUUAUCGAUAACCCUUUGAUUUACUUAGAAAGUAAUUAUAUUCAAACUAAUAAUUUGAUUUGCAAUCUAGAAACAGCUAUGUUUAAUAAAGAUUGUCUAUUGAACAUGUUUCUUAAGUAUUACCAUAAUAAUAAUCCUAAAUUUUGGAGUCUUUUCAUGUUGUUGAAAAUUAAUAAUAAGAAUAAUUAGAAAAUUCAUAAAAUUAAGUUUAAAAGCCAAAGUUUGAAAUUAAAUCAAGUGGAAAAAUUGCUAGAUCCAUAAAAUUAUAUUGUAUUUUAUAAAUAUAUCAUAGUGAAUGAAUAUGAGAAGUAAUAAUUAUAAAUCCAAUAAUAGAUAAUUAAAUCAAAAAUAUAUAAAAAACCUAAAGUAAGUUAAUCAAUCGAAGAAAAUAAUAAGACAAGAUUACUCAACAAUAAAAAAUAGAUCAUCUGCUUGA